UAAAUAGCCCAACUCAAUUGACUGUCAAAUGACUCAAAUCUGUAUCUUCAUCUAACACACUCACGGUGAGUAACGAAGAAUGGAUCUGGAUUCCACCCUCCGCGCCCUUGUUCCUUCUUCCAUCUCUGUUACUAUGCUACUUGGGUUCUUCGCUUACUUGGGAAUUGCUGGAACCGUUAUACCGGGAAAGGUUGUACCAGGUGUGAUCUUAUCAGAUGGCACUCGUCUUCAUUAUCGGUGCAAUGGUUUUUUGACCCUUAUUUUGCUGGUUGCGCUGCUGGGCAUCGGGGUUCGGAUGAGUUUCAUUUCUCCCACUGCAAUAGCAGACAAUGGGCUUGAGCUUUUGUCAGCAACGUUAAUAUUCAGUUUUGUUGUAACAUUGAUACUUUAUGUUGCUGGUCACAGAUCGCACAAUCAGGGUUCAUCCCUGAAGCCUCAUGUCACGGGAAACCUAAUUGAUGACUGGUGGUUUGGAAUACAGCUGAAUCCUCAAUUUAUGGGCAUUGACCUCAAAUUUUUCUUUGUAAGAGCUGGAAUGAUGGGAUGGCUGCUCAUCAAUCUCUCAAUUCUGGCAAAAAGUGUUAAAGAAUCCAACUUGAGCCAAUCAAUGAUCCUUUACCAGAUAUUUUGUGUGUUGUACAUCUUGGACUACUUUUUCUAUGAAGAGUAUAUGACCUCCACGUGGGAUAUAAUCGCAGAAAAAUUGGGAUUCAUGCUGGUUUUUGGGGAUCUAGUUUGGAUUCCCUUCACCUUUAGUAUCCAGGGUUGGUGGCUUCUGAGAAACAAAGUGGAGCUAACAACAGCUGCAGUUAUUGCAAAUUGCAUUGUUUUUCUGAUUGGGUAUCAAGUUUUUAGAGGGGCUAACAAGCAGAAGCAUGUAUUCAAAAAGAACCCGAAAGCGCCAAUAUGGGGUAGACCUCCAAAGGUUAUUGGGGGAAAGUUGCUUGCUUCUGGCUACUGGGGAAUUGCAAGGCACUGCAACUACCUCGGGGAUUUACUACUGGCUGCAUCCUUCAGUUUACCGUGUGGGAUAAUUUCCCCGAUUCCAUAUUUCUAUCCGAUUUAUCUUCUUAUUCUGCUAAUAUGGAGAGAAAGAAGAGACGAAGCUCGAUGCGCAGAGAAGUACAGAGAAGUGUGGGCAGAGUACUGUAAACUUGUUCCAUGGAGGAUAUUACCUUACGCUUAUUAACCAGUGUAUUUGACUAGAUGUAAAAUCCUGGGCAGUUGAUAAUUUUGUCUUGGUGGCUUGUACUGUGCUUAGAAAUACAGUCUAAGCUCCCAUUGCCGUAAGAAUUUUAGAUGCGGGAGAACCUUUCUGAGUGUUGUUUGUAUUUCUUGCACUAAAUCUAUGUUUCCUGUAACGACUGGUUUUGUCAAAUUCAAAGAAGCCAAUCUUGCGGGUUCUUAAGGACA